AUGACUGCGUUCACGGCCAAUUCUUUCGCAGUAUCGGGAGGACGCAACUCGUGUCGUUCUUUUCGCACCGCGUCUUUCCGAAAGAAGCACACUUUCCCGUCGUCGUCGUCGUCGUCGUCGUCGUCGUCCGCAUCGCCGUUUGCAACGAGAGCGUCGGCGAAAACAUCGGACGACGACGACACUGCAAAAAUGUCACCACCAACGAGGAGAGAAACCGUCCUACUCGCCGCCAUCGUCGGUCUCACCACCGCCGUUGCCACGACACCUUCGCACAAUUCGUCGUUCGCCUCGGAAGAAGGAAGAAAACAAACGAUUUUAAUCACCGGUGGAAACUCAGGCAUCGGGAAAACGGCGUCCGAACAGUUGGCAAAACUUGGCCAUCGGGUGAUUCUCCACGCGCGAACGCCGGCGAAAGCGGAGAAAGCGAAGAAGGAGAUUUUGUUUACUCAGCCGGAUGCGGACGUUGUGACGAUGGAAAGUAACUGCGAUUUGAUGGAUUUGAAAGAGGUCAGAGGGUAUUGCCAGGAAGUGUUGGAGUAUUUAACGUCGUCGAAGAGCGGCGACGGCGGCGAGGAAAAUGGGAGCAACGUGAAGAAGUUGGAUUCGUUGAUUUUGAACGCCGGGAUUAUGGCCGCGCCGUACGAACUGAGCAAGCAAAACCACGAGAGUCAUUUUCAAGUCAACCAUCUAGCGCAUUUCUUAAUGUAUGAGAAUUUAAAACCCGCGUUAUUUGCGAAUGAAAGCGCGAGUAAAGGGCCGGCGAGAGUGAUUUCGGUGUCGUCUUUAUUGGCGAUGAUUGGCGAGUUGUCGCUGGACGUGAACGACUUGGAUUUCAAAAAUAGAAAAUACGAUAAGUGGUACGCAUACGGACAAUCAAAAGCGUGCAACAUUUUGUUCGCGGACGAUUUAGCAAAAGAAAAUAGCAUAUCGAAAUUGGUCGCGAAUUCGUUUCACCCGGGAAUAGUGACGACUGAUCUAGUUCGCUAUUCAUUUCCGGAUUUAAUCGCCUCCAAACGCGACCCGGAACGCGAACGAUGGAUUCGCGAACGGGCGAGAAGGAUUGGCAUACGCGACGCGGACGAAGGGUGUAAGACGCACGUGUGGUUGGCAACGGAAGAUGCCGCUUUAGAAAAAAGCGGGGAGUUUUUUGUGGACCCGGGAUUGGUGUAUCCGGGCGCGACGAGGAAACAACUCGUGGAGUCCGGCGACUGGUUCCUCGUGAGCGGAGAAGAAUUCUUAGCGCCGCAACUGCAAUUUCCGGAGAGGUUAUUCGAUGGGUGGAGAAACGACGAGACGAGAGUGAAAUUAAGAGAACGUUCGCAGAAUAUGGUGAACGACUUUCUUCUUUAA